AUGUCUGCAUCUAAAAUCUUUUAUUCGCCUUCACGUUCUAACGUUUCAAAUGUUUAAGCUUAUGGAGGAGACAGAGCUUUGUCACCCAGCAGAGCCAAAAUCUCUUAAUUAUCAGAAAAAUUAUCUAAUCUAUAGCAUUCAAUUGACGAAGAUUAGGCCUUUAAAAAGGAGACAUUCGAGAGCAAAGUAAAGAUAUUGGAAGACAAGGCUACUAAAUAAGCUUAGGCAGACGACUCAAAAUUUAAGUUAUUGAAGGAAUAACUUUAAAAAGUUGAAGAAGGAGCUUAGAAUGAGAAAAUAAUAAGAGAAGCUGGAGAUGAGAAAUUGAGAUCUAAAGAUUUGAAGAGUUUGGAAGGCUUCUUAAACAGGGAACUAUAAUAAGAAAAAGUAAACAGGAAGGAUUUCGAAGGGAAAAUAAUCAAGAAUACUGAUGAUAAAGUUUAUAGCUUGAGAUUGGAUUUAGCUAGAUAGAAAAAGUAUAGAGAGGAAACAGAAGAGAAAAACGCUUAAGAAAUUGGGGAUCGAGUGUUGUAAUUGUAAGAGGAAGUUGAAGAGGAGAGAAGACAAAGAGAAUAAUAAAACCAAGAUACUAUCAAAAGAUUAGGGGACUCCAUUCUCAAAUUAUAAGAGAUCUUAACUACUGAGAAGAAAUAAAGAGAACAAGCCUAAAGUUAAAUGUUCAGAAUGUUAGAUGAAAUGAAUCACUAUUUAAAUGGUGAAUUAUAAAGUGAGAAAAAUGAAAGAGAAGCAACUGAAGAGAGUCUUAUCAACUUAAUUGAUUAAACAUGCAACAGAGUUGAAAAUUCAUUAAGAAAAUGA